CGGGGAGCCGGCGGGCCAGGCCCUGGGCAGCCGCUGUGGCCCGCCCCUGAGCUGGGGCCGAGCUUAGCAGCGCCGGCCGGCAGGGGAGAGUCGGGUCGGCCGCCCGCUCCGUUACAGCGGGGGGCCGCGGCUCUUCCGAGCAGUGAGCCAACUGAAAAUGUCUCAGAAUCCUGACAAGCCACCAUCAAGCAAAGAAAAGUCAAGUGAUUUGGGGGAUGGUCAAGAGGAGAGCUUGGACAACCCAGAUCAGUCUGUCAGAAAAAGAAUACGACAGAGUGCUUUAGGAUCACACAGAGAUGAUACGCCAAAGUCUAGUCCUCCUCGGCUUGUGUCAAUAGAGGAGCUCAUGGAAACAGCUAAGGGAGUAACCAACAUGGCAUUAGCACACGAAAUUGUUGUAAAUGGAGACUUCCAGAUAAAGCCAGCUGAAUUACCAGAACACAGCUUAGAAAAAAAAGUAAGAGAUAUUGUGCAUAAAGCUUUCUGGGACUGUCUGGAAGCUCAGCUAAAGGAAGAUCCACCAACUUAUGACCAUGCAAUUAAACUACUGGGAGAAAUUAAAGAGAACCUUCUGUCUUUCUUGUUGCCUGGUCAUACUAGACUGAGAAACCAGAUUACAGAAGUUCUUGAUCUGGAUUUGAUAAAACAGGAGGCAGAAAAUGGGGCCCUUGAUAUUGCUAAGUUGGUCGAAUUUGUCAUUGGGAUGAUGGGGACUCUCUGUGCUCCAGCUCGAGAUGAAGAAAUUAAGAAACUGAAAGAUAUUAAUGAAAUAGUUCCUCUAUUCAGAGCUAUUUUCUCUGUGUUAGACCUAAUGAAAAUGGAUAUGGCAAACUUCGCUGUCACUAGUAUUAGGCCAAAAUUAAUGCAGCAGUCUGCUGAGUAUGAAAGAAAGAAGUUUCAGGAGUUUCUUGAGAAACGGCCAAAUUCUUUAGACCUUGUCACAAGGUGGUUGCAAGAAGCAGCAGAUGAUCUUGUCAAGCUGAGAUGUAAAAUGUUGCCUCCCCACUGUAGUAGUGAUGGUGCCACUGGUGGAGCUUCCGCCUUGUGCUCCACUGCUGUACAAAAUCAGGCCUAUCUGAACCUCCUGAAGUGGGACCAUGUGAACAGGCCUUUCCCAGAAACGGUGCUAAUGGACCAGACCCGCUUUCAGGAAAUACAGCUGGAGCUGGAGCAGUGCCUCUUGACUGGGACAGUCCUUCUGGUCACCUUCAGUGCAGCAGGCCCAGCACUCGCUGACAUGCCUGGAUUUGCUGAGAAAAUCAAAACCAUUGUCAAGGUGCUGCUGACGGGAAUCCAUCUGCCCUCCUUUAACCUGAAGGAAUCUUUGGCCGCCACGGGUGAGAAGGUAUGUGCUGAAGUUAACACCUGCCUCUCCCAGCAUGGCUUCACACCGCUCUCAGCUGAGCGAGAGACUGUACUUAAAGGACAAAUCCAAGCGGUGGCCAAUUCGGAUAACACCAUAUGCAAGUUAAUAGGUUCUCGAAUUCAAAAGUUUCUGGAGAAUUACCUUGCAUCUAGUCACCAGAAAUCAUUGCCUGCUGUUCCUGGAGGACUAGGCCCUAUUCAAAAAGAGCUGGAAGAGAUCGCCGUCAAGUAUGUUCGUCUUGUCAACUACAACAAAAUGGUCUUCAGCCCUUACUAUGAUGCAGUCCUUGGCAAAAUACUGUCUAAGGAAGAAUACCAACUUGCAGGGAAGUCAGAAGAAUCCUAGUAUGCUACCAGUACAGUACCGUCAGCUAUUUUAAACACUUGCACCAAUAUUUGUCUAGGAAAACAGCUUCCCAUGUAAAUACUGGUUCCUUUUAAUUCACUAGUGAUGACUGAUGAGGAAAAUACCUGAGAUCCAAAAAGGGUUCUGAAAUAAAUGAUGAGAGAGACAUGCAUUUUUCAUGUAAGUAUGCAACCUGGGUGGGGGAAUGUCUUGGUAGUUUUCUGGCUGCAAUUUUUCAGCUGGUGCUAGGUAGGACAAGUUUAAGAAUCAAACUUUGUAUUUAAGUAAGUGGCUCAUUUUAGGGCAUUUUACUGUAAUUUACUGUGAAUUUAGUUUAAUUAAUCCAGAGCAGAUUAGCUAUGGGGUGAUUUGGCUUUAAAGUAAAAAAAAAUAAAAAAUCUUACUUCAAAGAAGAAAGCUAAAAUUCUGGAUAAGAGAAACUUUAAGAGGCAAAAAACAAAGCCAAACAGCACUUUAUUGUAACAUUAUGGUUAGUGUGGUAGGCUACUAGUUUUUUCUGCAUUUUACUGCAUUUUUAAUAGCAUUUUUUUGCUGUUUACGUGCAGAUGUUACACAAGACAUAAUAUAUUUUUGUAGUAAAUUUUCUGGUUAUUGGGUAACUGUCCUCUGCUAUGUACAGUACUUCCAGAGGUGGCAAUCUUAUAGAUUGCAGCUGUAUUUAUCUCUUGUAAAGACUUCAGAAGGGCAGAGCUAAAAUGUUUUGAUAAAAGUGGCAUUUCUUACCUUUUUUUUUUUUUUUUGCUAGCAGUUUACUCCUUUUUAUGUGAAAUACUCAUUUUCAAGGGACUCUGUCAUUUUCUGAGGGCAGAUUUCAAGUGUGUGACACUUUAGGCUGAAAAUUUUACUUGUGUUUUUAAAACUACAACUGGAGAUGGUUGCAUUUUCAAUCAUAUCUUCAAAACUAUCCAGGAAGUGCAGAGCACUAUCGGAAGUAUAAGUGAUCUUGAUGCACUGUGAGAAGUGAAUGAUUUACUGAUAGUUUGAACAUACAGGGAAUAUUUUCAGUAGAAGAUUUUUUUUUCACUUUGUAGAGGUGUUCUUGAAACUUAAAAUAGUUGCAGGUCUUGAAUUGAGUUACCUACAUGUUGUAUAGAGGAGCGUUCACAGAGGAGCUCAAUGACCUUACAGCCUUACUGAGAUUUCAGACUCAGCCAGGAGGGAAGUACAUUUGAAAUUUUCUUCUGGCUGAGCACCGUGCUGUGCUUCAGUCAUCAAAAUUUGAUGAUUUCCUGAAAGCCAAGUUCAUAGUUAGAAACAGUAAGUGUCCCAAGUACUACUAGACUAGCCAAAAGAGAAUGUGCUGGUGUCUUAAAAGCCACGAAACCAACAAGUUACGUAAAAUAAAUAAAUGAGGGCCUUUUAAUGCUCACAUCCAGGUUCAUUUUAUCAAUCAGAAUAAUAGAACUUCUAGAAGGAAGCUCUUGAUCAUGAAUCAGUGCUGAUGUUUCCCUUUCUAGUUUUCCUUUAAUUGUCAGUGUGGAUAUAGCUGCACUGACUUUGAGUUUGAGGAAGGUGGGUUCAGUAAGACCUUUUAUUCCAUUAGCCUGUGCAACUAUAAACCAAAUCUUUUCUCAUUCAUUACAAACCCUGUUCCCCAAGGGAAAAAACACACCAAAGCCCUGUAAGAGAUCAGCAGCUCAGUCAAGUUAUUUUUCUUUUGGCUGAAGUUACUCGGAUAGUAAAAGGUGAUCUGUCUUUGACUCUUUCUUUGAUAACUCAAAAAUGAGUAGGUUUGGUUAGCCAGAAAAGUGAGUUCUGAGUAGGUUUUUGGUGUGGACUAUUUCAUUGUCUGAAUCAGCACAGGAUACUACAGAGGUCUUCAAGAUUGCUGCAUCUGCUUACUGUACUUUGUCAUUAGUGCAGGAUCCACCUCAAAAUACAGCCUAUAGCUCUGCAGCUCCAACAAGGUAAUUCAGUUGUCUUUGUAAUGAAAGAGCUAACAGAAAUGUUAUUGCUAGGGAUGUAUAACCAAGACAAAGCUGUUUCCAUUUUUGUUAAAUGACAGUUGCAAAAGUUAUAUAUUGCUGCUGUUUUAUAUUUUAGCAUUGUCUAGAAGCUGCCUUUACAGGCCUCUGUGGAAUUACGCAUACUACAGGAAUUUAGGUGCUGUAGGGAUGAUCUCCAGGAUUUGGGGAGGAACAACAUAGUGGUGAAACAACAUACUUAGAAAAGCCUUUGAAAAGUAGAACGACUGGGACUGCAUUAUAGAUAGAUAAAAUUGUACUUGCUGAAUCCAGGAGAUGGCUGCUCCCACUUGAGGAAUUCACGGUCCAGAUGUCCGUGACGAUCAGCUCCUGCUUACUCUGCCAUCGAAGCACGGACUGUGCUACAGGCUUGAUGCAGUGCGUCCCAAUUCUCCUUGCAGGGGCUUGAUCCUAGGGCUUCACACGGAGAGAAGUGCAGUACCUGCUGUUGGCUCGUUUUGCCUUCGGCGGUACAGGCAGUGGGAGUGAGUGCCUCGGUGAGUGGUGGGUGUUGUGGGCCUUACAGCAGUAAAGAUCUAGAGACAGAAAUAAAUCCCCAUGAGUGCAAAUCACCUUAGUGACUUUGUUUUUUUUUUAGUGAUAGCAGUUGAUAAAUAGUUUCUCUACAUCCUCUUAAAAAGGGAGAUACGAUUAAGUGGCAAAGCAAAGAAGAAAUUCUAUGACUGAUAAAGCCAGACCUUACCUCCAUGGGAACAUAGUUCUAUGGUUACACAUAGGCUGUUUCACCUUUUAGUCCAAUAGACAGGAGCACUGACUUGUGUCAUCUCUGCUGCUGGUGGUGGGAAUGUCUGUGUGUCUGAAUGUCCUUUAGUCCACAGGGAUUCUCAUGGUCUCAGCAUGAUGAGUGCAGUUCUGAAUAGCCUGUUACAAGUUAAAAAUCUACAGUAUGUGUAGAAACUGCUUCAAAAGUUCAUAUAGUGGUUUUGUUAGCUUGUUUGAUAAUACCAGGUUAAACUGUGUAGCUAAUCUAUUAACAUUUAGCUUUGUACCUUAAGUGGAAGACCAAUGCAGUUAUCCAGGAACAGACUGUGUGAACUAGUACUCCUGGACAAUCCACAUUAGAAAUACGUACUGAGUUUGUCUUACGAUGCUGUCUUCUUUAAACAGUCUGGAAUUAAAAGCAGAAGUAUACUGUAUCCUCUAGAAAAAACGGAAAAAAAGCUAAUUCUAAUAUGUAUGCUCUGAUCAAUUUCCUGUGAUGGUCUUAAUAACAUUGCUUUUGAAGUGGCUGAGUCAUAUUUAAGAAGUAACUUGUUGUGUUUGAAUAAAACCAGAAUGAGGCAUGA